AGCGCUGCUUAUUGGUAGGCUGCACUCCUCGCACUGGAUGGAUUGACUUCGCUCGGGUCGAAUUACACCAUUUGCCGUGCAUUAGUUUGUUUUCCUCCCAGCCAGAAGAAGUUGAUUCACUACGACGCGCAAGAGAUUUCCCCGUUUUCUGGAUUAAACCCUGCAGCGCGUAAAAGGAUAUAAAAUAAACAUUUCCGAUGAGGUAACAUCUCCAGGAUUGUGAAACAGGAAGUGUCGUCUGUGAGCAGCCAUGGGCCAGGGAGCUGCGCUUCUGCUCAGCGAGCUUCUGCUGUUACUGGCAGCUUCACAAACUCUCCUUGCAGUCAGCUUCCCGGAGGACAUCGUGCCCCUCGACGUUGUUGAUGCUCACUUCACACGGAGGUACCCUGUGUUCAGAGGCAGGCCCUCUGUCAACGACUCACAGCAUCGCCUCGACUUUCAGCUGAUGACCAAGAUACAGGACACGCUAUUUAUCGCUGGCAGAGAUCAGGUGUACCUCGUCAGCUUGAGAGAAUCGUACAGGAAUGAGAUCAUUUCUUACCGGAAGUUAACGUGGCGAUCAGGCCAAGGUGACAGAGACAUGUGUGCUGUGAAGGGAAAACAUAGAGAUGAGUGCCACAAUUUUAUUAAAGUUCUGGUUCCCAGAAAUGACGACCUGGUGUUUAUCUGCGGCACCAAUGGCUUCAACCCCGUGUGCAGAUACUACAGGCUGGAUAACCUCGAGUUCGAUGGGGAAGAGAUAAAUGGUUUGGCGCGGUGCCCGUUCGACUCCAAGCAAACCAACGUGGCCCUUUUCGCUGAAGGAAAGCUGUAUUCUGCAACGGUUGCCGACUUCCAGGCCAGUGAUUCUGUCAUCUAUCGAAGUAUGGGUGAUGGAUCAGCCCUGAGAACCAUCAAAUAUGACUCAAAAUGGCUCAAAGAACCACAUUUCCUGCAUGCAGCAGAGUAUGGGAAUUAUGUGUACUUUUUCUACCGGGAGAUUGCCGUGGAACACAGCAAUUUGGGAAAGGUUGUUUAUUCCCGAGUGGCUCGAAUCUGCAAAAACGACAUUGGAGGGUCACAGCGGGUGCUGGAGAAGCACUGGACCUCUUUUGUGAAGGCCAGACUGAACUGUUCUGUGCCGGGGGAGUCCUUCUUUUACUUUGAUGUCCUUCAAUCUAUCACUGACAUCAUCGACAUCAAUGGCGUUCCCUCUGUGGUGGGCGUUUUCACAACACAGAUGAACAGUAUUCCAGGAUCAGCAGUGUGUGCCUUCUCCAUGACUGACAUAGAGAAAGUAUUCAUGGGCCGCUUCAAGGAGCAGAAGACCCCUGACUCUGUGUGGACGCCGUUUCCGGAGGAGAAGCUCCCGAAACCCCGACCUGGGAGCUGUGCGGGUCAUGGUCCAGCUGCAUCCUUUAAGAGCUCUGUGGAGUUCCCAGAUGACACCCUGCAGUUCAUCAAGUCCCACCCCCUUAUGGACACAGCUGUGCCUUCGAUUGGGGACGAGCCUUGGUUCACCAAGACACGUGUUCGGUACAGACUAACAGCGCUGGCUGUAGACAGUCAAGCAGGACCUCACAAGAACUACACUGUGGUCUUCAUUGGAGCAGAGUCUGGGAUUGUCCUCAAAGUUUUAGCGAAGACUUCCCCUUUAUCCCUAAAUGACAGCCUGUUGCUGGAGGAGAUUGACGUCUUCAAUAAGGCCAAGUGCCCAUCUAACCGUGCGGAUGACAAGCGUGUCCUCUCGCUGCAUGUGGACAACAACACACACAGCCUUUAUGUCGCCUUCUCAAGCUGUGUCAUCCGUAUUCCUCUGAGCCGCUGUGAAAGGCACUCGUCCUGCCAAAAGUCAUGCAUCGCAUCAAGGGAUCCUUACUGUGGUUGGAAGGCCCAUGGUGCCUGUGAGAGAAUACAACCUGGUUUAUUGAAUGGAUACGAGCAAGAUGUAGAAUAUGGGAAGACUGCCCACCUGGGAGACUGUCAAGACAUGGAGUUUUCAUCUGCAUCAGUCACUGUCCAGCCCAGUGAGCCCAUACAUCCCCCAGUACUCAUACCCAGUAAGAGCCCCAGCUCAGGGCCUCUACCAGAGCACUACGGCUCAGGCUUUGUGCUACAAGAUGACCCAGCCACAUCUCAUUCUUUAAACUCUCUCCCAGGGGGGCCAGAGGGUGUAUCGGAUAUCUAUACAGGUGAAAGCAACCAAAUGGUCCACAUGAACAUCCUCAUCACCUGCGUCUUCGCUGCUUUUCUAAUGGGGGCUCUCCUGGCCGGGCUCAUCGUUUUCUGCUAUCGGGACUCUGUCCUCCAUAAACCAAGACAUGCCCACAAGGACACGGAGUCUGCACCCUCCUGUUCUGACUCCACUGGAAGUUUUGUUAAACUUAAUGGCCUAUUUGAUAGCCCUGUAAAGGAGUACCAAACCAACAUUGAUUCUCCAAAGCUCUUCACCAAUCUGCUGAGCAAUGGUAAAGACAUCAAUACGCCCAAUGGUGACACCAAGACCAUGAUCUUGAGGGACAGCUGUCAGCCCCCUGAGCUGGCCGCUCUGCCCACACCAGAAUCCACCCCUGUUCUCCAGCAAAAAGGCUUACAGCCCAUAAAAAACCAGUGGGAAAAGGCUCAUGGAAAAGUCAGCGGAUCCCGUAAAGAGGUCAACCCAUCAGCCAAGGGUCCACAGUUCCUUUCUUCACCUGCACCUACUAAUACAAAUCCCAACCACCCUCACCUUGCUCUGGGACACUCCAAUAUCCCCAGUGCAGUGGUGUUACCAAAUGCCACACAUGACGAGCCUAAUCUGGACAAUUGUGAUGAAACUUUACCACAUUCAUCUGAAAAGAAACUGAAGAAUCCAGAUUGUAGGGGUAGCAGAAAAGAUCAGAAGAGGUCUGUAGAUGCAAGGAAUACACUAAAUGAUCUUCUAAAGCAUCUCAAUGACUCUGUGGCCAAUCCCAAAGCCAUACUACAAGAAGAAUCGGGGCCUUGUCCAAGGCCUCACCUCACACUGGAGCCCAUGGAGGAACUAACUGAAGUACCCCCAGCCGUGCCCAGUCGUGAGGCUUCAUUGUACUCUCCCUCGUCCUCUUUACCAAGACACAGCCCCACCAAAAGGGUUGAUGUGCCCAUGCCCUCUACACCCACUUCACCCACAGGAAGCUUGAGCAUGGGGGGCACCUUGGAAAGGCAAAGAGGGAGUUACCAACUCCACCGGAGUGCCUCUCACAGGCAGUCCUUAUCAACCCCAACAAACGGAGUAACCAUGGGGGUAUCUGUGUCUCGUCAGCACAGUAUGAAUAGGGGAGGAUAUAUGCCCCCAACGCCCCCCUCAAGACUUGACUCUCAUGGUGCAAUGGUGGCACCCGGGAUGCACUCACCUCACCUACCUUCUGUUUCCAGACAGAGCAGCUACAGUGGGCAUGGCUCGCUUCCCCGAACAGGGCUUAAAAGGACCCCAUCAUUAAAGCCAGAUGUGCCACCAAAACCCAAUGGGUUUCCUCCACAGACUCCACAAAUGAAAGUGUCUAAUAAAUACAGUUAUUAAAUUGGACAACUGUGGACAUAUCUAAGUAAGCUCUUGAUCAGUAGAGCUUUGUGCUCAAGGGCUUGGGCUGUCUAGAUGGGAUAAGGCUUUGUGUGUGUUUGUGUAUCAAUUUGAGGUGCUUGUCCUCUUUAAAUGAUACGCCCAUUCACUCGCAUUGAAAAAGGGAAAACACCACAUGGCCAAAGAAACCUACUGAGGCUCCCUUCAAUCCCAUCUGCUUCCCUGCACCCAGUGGCCACAUGGAAAUGAAUAGCAGACAAUGGUGAGUUUGCUGCUCACCAUUGUUCCUGAACUUAGAUGCUACCUGUUUCCACGUAAGGUACAAGGUUGCUCAACAGGUUGCUGUGACAUACGUGGAGGGGCAAAAGUGGUGGAAUACUUGGAGAAUUGUUCUCAGUUGUUACUGCCCUUGAGCACUGUCUUCCCUCAAAUGUGAACUGAACAGAGAAGAGGUAGGCGAUAACUAUGGUUGUGAUGCGCCUGGAAAAAAAGGAAAGUUAAUUUUCAUAAUGUGCAUUCUGCUUUGGAUGCAUCUGACCAUUAAACAACUGAAUAAAGUAGCAAGCAAAGAAAAAGAGGCAAAUGCUUGAAUGUGUCUUAGUUGACCAGAUAAGCAGAUAUUUUGAAAGGUCUUGGGAGUUGCCACAAGUCAGCAAAAGCACCUUACAAUGUGUUGGAAGACCUAAGUCACUGUCUUUUAAUCCAAUUUUAUAAUCUGAACCAAGUCUGAACAGAUUUUUGUGUCAUUCAUUCAUGAUCAUUUGGUCGGGUUUGGCUAAGGUUAGUUAUGUUGGGAUUAUGCAGAAGCAGGGACUUUGUAACUCACUGGGAAAUUUGACUUGACAUUUAUUGCUAUGGGUUUAAGACAAAGUAUUCAUCAUUAAUGCAUUGUUUUCUCAGCCUUGCUAGAACAGCUAUGUGUGUGGACAUUUGCUUGUCUCUGAGUAUGUGUGUUAUACUGUAAACAGAGGUGGAAAAGUACUGAUCUAAGCACUUCAGCACACUGUUUAGACUAAAACAUUGGGUUAAAAUGUUUUCCAAGACUGAAAUGUAUGGUAUUCUUUAUUCCCCAUAUGUAGUAAUUCUAUUGGUCUUCUAUCUACUAGUUUUAUUAAAAGUAUGUUUCUCAUUGAAAACUUUUUAAACAAUAUUUUCUACCCUUUUGUUUUCCUUCUGUAAAAUCUACCACUGUGAAAGUAACCAAAGUCUUUUAUUUAAUGACAUUUCAAACAAAUAUUCAGUUAAGCUAAACCCCCUUAUAAAACAUGUCUACCAGACGUUUGCUCCUGCAAUAAUACUAUUGCAGACUGACAAAACUGAUCCUAGAACAGUGCAACAAUAUGAUACUUGUGUCACAAGCUCCACAGCUUAUGCUCCUGGUGCGCUUUUCCACCAAUGGCCAGUGUACAAUCAGCUCAACAUUGACUAAUAUGUCCAAAUAAGUCAUGCUGGUAAUGACAAGGUCCUGUAUAUACUUAAAUAAUAUAAAUAAGGAGUUUAAGUAUUUUUAGGCAAGUGAACCUGAAUCUGUGCAUUGUGUGCCUUAUUUACAAAACAAAUUAGUACAGUAUAUGUCGAAGGCUAUGUCAGUUGGUCCUCUGUUCAUAUCACAUGUUUUUUAAACACGUUUUUUUAUAUAAACAAUCUGAAAUUUAGGACAAGGUCGUCAAAAGAAGCCAUUAACUAAUUAAUUCCACCCAGGAGUUUAAGUCUCAAAUAAGUCGAGCGAAAAAUACUUAUUGGGUUUCAAUAAUGUAUUCCAUUUUACUGCCAGUAUUGCAAAGAUUUGUGAUAUCCACAACAAAGUGAUGCCAUGAACUGAAUGUACUUUCAUAACUAUGGGGUGUAGGGCGGUCAGCUGUUCCGCCGUCGUGUGGAAGCCUAAACACAGCCCAUCAUUCUCACAGCCAAUGUAUUAACAAAGACUUCAAGUGUUCUGAUGAAAGCUGUCUCUUGGCAAUGUAAUUUCCAAAACCUAAGGGGAGAUAGUUUUUUUUAUUUUCUAAAGGCCAGAAAGGACAAAUGGGGUUUCAUUUCUUGUAGCAGUGCUUACAUUAUUUGGUUGACCUCUGCAGUCAUUUUUUUGAGUGUCAGUUGCCUGUUUAGCCCAAAGCCACAUUUUGUUUACAAGUGGUGAUUGUAUGUAGAGGCUUUCUCCCCUUCAUCUAACCAGUGUUGGGGCUUUGUUUUCUACACAUGCACAGUGACAUCACAGACAUACACUCAAACACUGCUCAACUGCCUUGUACAUUGCAAUAUGACCUGGGUCUUUUUGUUGCAAUACAAACUAAAGCCUUUAUAUUUCAGUCAGUCAGUCUUUGAUGUCUGUGCAGACCGACCAUGCUAUCUCACGUACGUUUAUUUAAAUGCUGUCCAUCAAUGCACAGCCGGCUGUAUAUUUUGUCUCAAGAGUAUUUGGGCGUGUAGAUAUGUUGUACUGUGAAUGUGUAAAUAAUUAUGCUUUUUCUGGUUUCAUAUUUUUGUUGAUUUUUUUUUUUAACACGGCACGUAUAGUUGAAAUAAAACAUUACUGCA